GCAACAUUAAUGUUGUUUGUUAAGCUGAUCGACCCCUGCAUCAAAUGCUAAACUAAUUAAGGCAACAGAACACACGCCAUGAUUGUUGCAGGUAGUAGCCAGAAGAAGAAGGCCAGCACUCUAUUUAGUCCUAGGCAAUCUCCGGUCGAGAAUUCUCCGGGAAAGAAUGAGAUUUCUACCAUCAAAACCACUAAUUCAGGAGGAUGUUGUCGGAGGCUAAACGAUUGCAUGGCUGAGGGAUCUAUUGUCUCGACGAAGGAGAGCCAGCGGCAGCAGCAGUCUAUAUCCGAGCUGAGGCAGCAGGUGGCAGACCUUGAAAGGGAAGUCCUUAAGCAGAAGGAGCUCCGUCUCAUGUACAGGAAGAGGAUGGAAACUACGCAAGAUUAUCUAAAACAUUGUCUUCAAGUAGCACAAGAAAACGGCUUCUUGGACCUCAUAAUUCAAAACAAAGAUGAUCAACAAGGAAUAAAAGAUGCUCUUCCUACCAGUAUUGUGAGCCCCAGAAUUACCAGUCCUCAUCAGCUGCCCGCUCAAGUGCCCCAAUUUCCAAAUCUUGCUUUCACUAUCGAUCAAGCCAAGAUGAAUGGAUGGUUUAUUGAAUCUCACGAGAUCGAAUUUCAAGAGAAAAUUGGCCAAGGAAGUACUGCAGAUAUCUAUAGAGCAAUUUGGCGAGGAUUUGAUGUUGCAGUGAAGUGCAUGUUUCCUGAUUUUUUCCUUUCAAAUGAAAAUGGUGUGAACUUUUUCGCUCAAGAACUUGACACUUUAUCUAGACAGCGGCAUUGUUAUGUGCUGCAACUAUUGGGGGCAUGCAUUGAUCCCCCUAGUAAUGCAUGGGUAGUGACAGAAAUUUUAGGCAUGACACUAAAGGAGUGGCUACAUGGACCAGGUAGCAGGCGAAACGAGCGAUCGGUUCCAAUUCCUCCAUUUCAAAACAGGGUUACUGUGGCAUUGGAGAUUGCUCAAGCAAUGCAAUAUCUCCAUGAACAGAAGCCCAAGGUCAUUCACCGUGACCUAAAGCCUAGCAAUAUAUUCUUAGACGAUUCCAAUCACGUCAGGGUGGCAGAUUUUGGUCAUGCUAGGUUCUUGGAUGACGCAGAAAAGGCACUCACCGGUGAAACAGGAACAUAUGUCUAUAUGGCGCCAGAGGUGAUUCGCUACGAACCUUAUAACGAAAAAAGCGACGUUUAUAGCUUUGCUGUAAUACUUAAUGAGCUUAUGACUGGGGAUUAUCCAUACAUAGAAACAGAUUUCGGUCCCAGCAAGAUUGCAAUGGAAGUUGCCGAAGGAAAGCUGAGGCCUAUGCUUCCUCACGAGGACAAUGAUCAACUCGGCGAGCUCAUCGAUCUCAUUUCUCAAUCAUGGGAUCAAGAUGCUUCUGUUAGACCAUCCUUUGCCACAAUCACUUCUAGUCUCAGAAAAAUCCAACAGAGAAUCAUAGAGGGUGCUUAAAAAUGUCAGAUUUUAUCACUUCUUAAUGUAAUUGUACUUUAAGAGGUCUAAUAAUAAAAUACUUGUAUGAUUAGUAAUAUUUAUAAUUAUGAUUAUAAUUCCAUAUGACCAUCAGCGGCACGUUUCCAAUUUUACCUUAACG